AAGGCAGGCAGGCAGGCAGGAAGAGGGGCGGGGCAGCCACGGAGGAGGGGCCUCUCUGUCUCUCUCGCUCUUUGGACUCGGGACUCCACCGCGGGAGGAGAUGGAGGGCUUCUCGGGGCGCCGGGUGCUGGUGACCGGGGCGGGCAAAGGGAUCGGCCGGGCACUGGCGUUGGCGCUGAGCCGAAAGGGAGCCCAAGUUCUUGCUGUCAGCCGGACCCAGGCCCACCUCGACGGCCUCAAGGAGGAGUGUCCUGGCAUACAGACGCUCUGUGUAGACCUUGGGGACUGGGAUGCCACCAAGGCAGCACUGAGUCAAGUGGAGAAUAUUGACCUGCUGGUGAAUAAUGCUGCUGUGGCUGUUCUGCAGCCAUUCCUCCAGGUUACCAAGGAAGCCUUUGACAGGUCUUUUGAUGUCAACCUUCGGGCUGUGCUACAAGUUUCCCAGAUCGUUGCUCAAAAGAUGAUUGCCAGGGGAGUGCAUGGUGCCAUUGUGAAUGUAUCAAGCCAGGCCUCUCACCGGGCUCUGAAGGAUCACACCAUUUACUGUUCAACCAAGAGUGCCUUGGACAUGCUGACAAAAUCUAUGGCUUUGGAACUGGGCCCCUAUGGGAUUCGGGUAAACAGUGUGAACCCCACUGUUGUCAUGACUGACAUGGGACGCCUCAACUGGACUGAUCCUGAGAAAGCUGGACCAAUGCUUAGCCGCAUCCCACUGGGAAAAUUUGCAGAGGUGGAUGAUGUGGUGAACAGCAUCCUUUUCCUGCUGAGCGACCAGAGUGCCAUGACAACCGGAGCAAUGCUGCCCGUUGACGGGGGAUUCCUUGCUUGUUGAAAUACGGUAUUGGCAUCACUCCUUUGGAAGGCCAUUCCCCUCCGUGUGAUUCAUCAUGUCUGCUCAUCCUGAAAAUAGUAGAAAUACUGCUUUCUAGAAAGAGAUCCAGUUGGAAGGCUCCAGUCCUUGUAUCCAUGUAAAGAGAGUAAAGACAAUAAAGCAUGCCUGCCUUCUGCUGCCAAUUGUAACCAAAUCACACUGCCUUACUUAUGGAGAAAUGUUUAUUGUAUAAAAUAAGAGGUGUUCGGCUCAUCACGCUACACAAUGAUUUAAAAAUCCGACCCAUCUCCAUCCCGACCCCUGCAAAGCUCUCCAUGCUCCAUCCCCCAGUCCAUCGCACCUGACAAAAGGAAGGGGCUGGCCCUCAGCUUUCUACCUGGGCCUUCCCCAGUUUUUCUUUUCAAACAUCUUACAGAAAAGCCCUUCCAGGCAGUUUUGUUGUGCCAGGCUGGACAUAGUAAAGAGACCUCCCUGCUCUUUCCCUGCUUGGGGGAGAGCUGAUGUUCAAAUAAAACCAGCUCAGAAGCAACACGUGGAGCAGGUGGUGCCCUGAAAAGCAAAGGCAGCUUUGGAUGGCACAGAAGCUGCUUUGAACCAAUUCUCGAGCAUAAGCUAGCAUCUUGCACAAUAAAGUACCCAUGGCUUGUUCUUCA